AUGCGGCGCUCAAUCAUCUUUUGCUUCUUUGCCGCCUUCGGCGGCUGGGUCUUUGGUUACGAUAUGAGCUUCCAGCUUAUCAUCGGUUACAUCUCAGGAUGCCUCAUCAUGCCAGACUUUAUCGAGCACAUGGGCCAAGAUGACGGUACCGGCGCCUACGUUCUCUCCUCCCAACGCCAGAGUAUCAUCACCUCCCUUCUAUCGGCCGGAACAUUCUUUGGGGCUUUGCUUCAGAGUCUUACGAGUGAUAGAUUGGGUAGGAAGGGUAGUAUCUUGUUCUGGUCUGCUAUUUUUACGGUUGGCAUCAUCGUACAAGUUUCUUCUUUCGGUCUCGCCCAGAUCACUGUCGGCCGAUUCAUCGCCGGACUCGGUGUCGGUGCUCUCUCAGCCAUCGUACCCCUCUACAUCGGCGAAGCAGCCCCCAAGAAACUCCGUGGCUCCCUCCUAGUCUUGUACCAAGUCCAAAUCGCUUCCGGCCUCUUCCUCGCCUACAUCAUCGACCUCGGAACACACCAUCUGAAAUCUUCCGCAUCAUGGCGUAUCCCCGUAGGCCUCCAGCUCGUCUGGGGCGCAUUCCUCAUGAUCGGCGGUUCUCUCUUACCCGAAUCGCCGCGUCUCCUCCUGGGUAGAGGCGAUAAGGAGAAAGCCAUGAAAGCGAUAGCCGCGCUUAAUGACUGUAAAGUCGAUGAUCCCCUCACGCGGGAUGUGAUGAUGGAGCUCGAAGAUGCUAUUAGGGAAGAGAACGAAGGUGGGCAAGCGGGGUGGCUGGAAUGCUUCAGUACCAGGAGUAUGAUGUGGAAGAGGACGCUGAAUGGGUGUAUGGUGCAGUUCUUGCAGCAGAUGAAUGGUCAGAACUUUUACUACUACUUUGGCCCCGUCUUCUUCGAAGCUGCCGGUACUGAGCUCUCCUCCUACUCCAUCCAAGCCAUCCUCGGCGGCGUCUCCCUCGCCAUGGUCAUCCCCGCCAUGUGGACAAUCGAACACGUCGGCCGUCGAAACUCUCUCCUCAUCGGCGCCGCCGCCCAAGCCGCCUGCGCCCUCAUUGCCGGUCUCGUCGGGCACUAUUUCACCGACGUCGCCGGCGUGUCGGAGAGUCAGAAGCAGACGGGCGGGAAAGUGUUGGUGGCGUUUGCGGUGAUGCAUGUUGCGAUGUAUAGUAUGUUCUGGGGGCCGACGCCGUGGGUUAUCCUUGGGGAGACUUUCCCGUUGAGGGUAAGGCCCAAGUGUAUCGCUCUUGCUGCUUCUGUCAAUUGGCUCUGGAAUUUCCUAUUGUCUUACUUUUCACCUCUUAUUACCGACGACAUCGGUCCUUUAAUUCUGAUGAUCUUCUUCGGCUGCCUGGUCGGCGCAUUCGUCUACGUCUACUUUAUGCUUCCCGAAACCCGAGGGAUCUCACUCGAAGAAGUCGACGAGCUCUACCGUUCCAAGAUCCCCGCCUGGCGUUCCACUUCCUGGAAACCAUCCGGCCACCACGCAGCCCUCGACGCUAUCGAAGGCGGUACCGACCCGAGCCGGACGCAAAAGACCGGUGCAGGCGCGGGCGAAGAUGUGCCGGGGCUUAUUGGUGGGGAUGAGAAGAAGAAGGAGAUGGAUGAGCAUUUGGAGCAUGCUCCUGGGACGGGGGCUGGGUUUUAG